AUGCCCUGCAAGGUGCUCGCCGUCUGCCUCCUGGGGCUCCUGGCUCUCUCCUCCGCUUGCUACAUCCAGAACUGCCCCAUCGGGGGCAAACGCGCCAUCCUGGACAUGGACAUCAGGAAGUGCAUGCCCUGCGGUCCCAGGAACAAGGGUCACUGCUUUGGCCCCAACAUCUGCUGCGGAGAAGAGCUGGGCUGUUACAUCGGCACCUCCGAAACCCUGCGGUGCCAGGAGGAAAACUUCUUGCCGACACCCUGCGAGUCGGGACGCAAAGCCUGCGGCGGCAGCGGAGGGAGCUGCGCGGCCCCCAGCAUCUGCUGCAGCAGUGAGGGCUGCGUGGUUGACUCAUCCUGCGACCAAGAAAUGCUGAUUGCAUAG